CCGCCGCGGCCAAGCGCGGCUCGGCCCGGCCCAAGACGGCCGGCCGGCGCCGACACCUCUCCGAGACGUCCGAGAGCGCCUCCGACAGCGACAAUGCCAGCCGGUCCAUCAGCCGGCGGACGGGCUCGCGCGUCAACUACCAGGAGGCGGAGGAAGAGGCCACCGACGAGGACGACCUGAUGGAGGUGGACGCCGCCGCACUGGCCGCCGCCGAGUCUGAAAACGGCGAGACAGUGGAGCGCGUGCUCCAGCACCGUGUCGGCAAGGUUGGAGCGACGGGCGCGGCCACCACCGUGUACGCCGUGGAGGAGAACGGCGACCCGAACGCCGGCUGUGACCCGGCCGACCCGGAGCAGGCGCGCGAGACCCAGUACCUGCUCAAGUGGAAGGGCUGGUCGCACCUGCACAACACCUGGGAGUCGGAGGACACGCUCAAGGCCCAGGGCUACUACGGGUUGCAGGUGAAGGGGCUCAAGAAGAUCGACAACUACCGUAAGCGGUGCGACGAGGUGCGCCAGUACCUGGACACGUGCGGACCUGAGGAUGCCGAGUACUUCAUCUGCCAGAACGAGCUGCAGGAGGACCUCGUCACCAGCUACCUGGGAGUGGACCGCAUCAUAGCCGAGUCACCGAAGCCGGGCCACGAGUACCCUGACUACCUGGUCAAGUGGCAGAACCUGCCGUACUCGGAGUGUACCUGGGAGGACGGCACGCUAAUCGCCAAGAAGUUCGAGUACCGCAUCGACGAGUUUGUGGCGCGCGAGCAGUCGCGCAAGACGCCGACCAAGCUGAACCAGGUGCUGCGCCGCCGGCCCAAGUUCGUCUCCUUCAGCCGGCAGCCGGACUUCUUCGGCGGCCUCUCGGGCGACCUGGAGCUGCGCGACUACCAGCUGGACGGCAUCAAUUGGAUGGUGCACUCGUGGUGCCGCGAGAACUCGGUGAUCCUGGCCGACGAGAUGGGCCUGGGCAAGACGAUCCAGACCACCUGCUUCCUGUACUACCUGUUCCAGCAGCAUGCCCUGUUCGGGCCGUACCUGGUGGUGGUACCGCUCUCCACGCUGCCGGCGUGGCAACGCGAGCUGGCCAAGUGGGCGCCGCAGAUGAACGUGGUCACCUACCUGGGCGACGUCUCGUCCAGAGAGAAGAUUCGCACGUAUGAGUGGUGCUUUCCCGGCAACAAGCGACUCAAGUUCAACGUUCUGCUGACGUCGUACGAGAUCCUGCUCAAAGACAAGUCGUUUCUGGGCGCGAUCAGCUGGGCGGCGCUGCUGGUGGACGAGGCGCACCGGCUCAAGAACGAGGAGUCGCUGCUGUACAAGACGCUGUUCGAGUUCAACACCAACUUCCGGCUGCUCAUCACGGGCACGCCGCUGCAGAACAGCCUGAAGGAGCUGUGGAGCCUGCUGCACUUCAUCAUGCCGCAGAGGUUCGACCGCUGGGAGAGCUUCGAGGUGGACAUGGACCAGGGCAGCAAGGCGUACGCGCGCCUGCACAAGCUGCUGGAGCCGUUCCUCCUGCGCCGCGUCAAGAAGGACGUGGAGAAGUCGCUGCCGGCCAAGGUGGAGCAGAUCCUGCGCGUGGGCAUGACGUCCCAGCAGCGGCAGUUCUACAAGUGGAUCCUGACGCGCAACUACACCAUGCUGAAGCGAGGCCUAAAGGCGGCCGCGCCGUCGCUCAUCAACGUCAUCAUGGAGCUGAAGAAGUGCUGCAACCACGGCUACCUCACCAAGCCGCCCGACCCGGACGUACGGCUGGGCAGCUCCGAGGCCCUUCAGAACCUGCUGCGCGGCAGCGGCAAGCUGAUGCUGCUGGACAAGCUGCUGGUGCGGCUGCGCGAGCGCGGCCACCGCGUGCUGGUGUUCUCGCAGAUGGUGCGCAUGCUGGACGUGCUGGCCGACUACAUGCAGUUGCGCCACUUCCCGUUCCAGCGGCUGGACGGCGGCAUGCGCGGUGACCUGCGCCGGCAGGCUCUGGACCACUUCAACGCCGAGGGCUCGCAGGACUUCUGUUUCCUGCUGUCGACUCGCGCCGGCGGCCUGGGCAUCAACUUGGCCACGGCUGACACGGUCAUCAUCUACGACAGCGACUGGAACCCGCAGAACGACCUGCAGGCGCAGUCGCGCGCCCACAGGAUCGGCCAGAAGAACCAGGUGAACAUCUACCGUCUGGUGACGAUGCAGAGCAUCGAGGAGGAUAUCAUCGAGCGGGCCAAGCGGAAGAUGGUGCUGGACCACCUGGUCAUCCAGUCCAUGGACUCCACGGGCCGCACCGUCCUCAAGAAAGGAGCGGCCACCAACACGCCCUUCAACAAGGACGAGCUGAACGCCAUCCUCAAGUUCGGCGCCGAGGAGCUCUUCAGCAAGGACGAGGAGGAGGAGGAGGAGCCCACGUGCGACAUCGACCUGAUCCUGCAGCGGGCCGAGACGCGCGAGGAUGAGUCGGCCAGCGCGCCCGCCACCGACCUGCUCUCCGCCUUCAAGGUGGCCAGCUUCCAGGUGGACGAGGACGAGGUCAGCAUGCCGCCGCCGGCUGCCGACGACGCCCCGUCCGCCGCCGCCGACGACACCACCAAGGACUGGGAUGACAUCAUCCCGUCGGACCUGCGCACCAAGGUGGAGGAGGAGGAGCGCCAGCGGGAGGUGGAGGACCUCUACUUGCCGCCCCGUUCGCGGAAGACGGUGCAGGAGGCGGCGGCGGAGGCGGCUGAGGACGAGCGCGAGCAGCGGCGGAAGCGGCGUCGCGACGGCUCCGACGACGCCGACUCGGACGCCGGCGAGCCGGCCAAGAAGAAGACGCGCAGGAACCAGCGCGAGCGCGUCAAGGGUUUCACCGACGGCGAGGUACGUCGCUUCUUCAAGGCGUUCCGCCGGUUCGGCUGCCCGCUGGAGCGGCUGGAGGCCAUCUCGACCGAGGCCGAGCUGCAGGAGAAGCCGCUGUCCGAUCUGCGGCGGCUGGGCGAGACCAUCAUCAGCUACUGCCGCGACGCGCUGCUGGAGCAGCAGCAGGCCAAGGACAGCGGCGCCGCCGCCGCCGCCGCCGCCGCCGGCCCCGCGCAGAACGGCGACCAGGCCAAGGCCGGCGGUCGCAAGAAGCGCGAGUGCGGCCCGUCGUUCCGGCUCUCGGGCGUGGCCAUCAACGCCAAGACGACGCUGCAGACGCUGGAGGACCUGGAGCCGUUGCACCGCUGCAUGCCGGCCGACGCCAAGCAGCGCCGACACUGGCGCCUCGAGCCCGCCAACGGACGGGUCAAGGACCCGCACUGGGACGUCGAGUGGGGCCUGGAGGAGGACUCGCGUCUGCUGCAGGGCGUCUAUGAGUACGGCACCGGCGCCUGGGAGUCCAUCAAGAUCGACCCCGGCCUGCGGCUCGAGGAGAAGAUCCUGCUGGAGCAGGCCGAGUCUAAGCCGCAGGCCAAGCACCUGCAGGCGCGCACCGACUACCUCCUCAAGGUGGUGAGGAAGCUGCAGCAGCCGGCAGCCUCCGCUGCCGCGGCCAAGACCGCCGCGACCGCCACCAAGAAGCCGAAGAGGGCGACCACUGCGCGCUCCAAGAAGGCGGUGAGCCGCGAGAUUAUCGAGGGCGACGACAUCUCGUCCGACGAGAACACGCAGACGUCGCUGCCCGCCUCAGCCAAGGACGGCAAGGACGCCAAGGACGCCAAGGAGGGGAAGGACGCCAAGGACGCCAAGGAGCCGGCCAAGAAGGAGGACAAGAAGCGCAAGAAGAAACCCCAGCUGGGGCCGAUGCACUUCACGGCCAACCACGAGCCGGUGCAGGUCAGCUCCACGGAGGAGCUGCCCGAGUCCGUCUUCCUGGAGUGCAAGGAGAAGAUGCGGCCGGUGAAGCGAGCGCUGAAGGCGCUGGACAGCCCGGACCCCAGCCUUUCGGACCUGGAGCAGGUCAACCAUACGCGACAGUGCCUCAUCCAGAUCGGCACCCACAUCGACCGCUGCCUGCAGCAGUUCCACCAGGCCGAGAAGAUCAAGGAGUGGCGCAACAACCUCUGGUACUUCGUGUCCAAGUUCACCGAGUUCGACCCGCGCAAGCUGUACAAGCUGUACAAGCACGCCGUCAAGAAGCAGGGCAGCGCCGCCGCCGCCGCUGCCGCCGCCGCCACCGCACCACCUCCGCCUCCGCCCACCCACGACAACGACAAGCCGGACAGCCGGGACAAGGAGCGACCGCCGCACGAGCCGAAGAAGCGGCGGCGCAGCACGCCGGAGCCGGGCCGGCGGUCGACCGAGGCGGCGCCGGUCGGUGGACACCGCGCCAGUCAGGAGCGUCGCCGACCGGAGACGGCAGAGCCACCCGCCGCCGCCGCCGCCGCCGCCGCCGCUGCCGCUGCCGGCACGCACCCGGCGCAACGGCACGGCGACGAAGAUGACCGCGACGCCAGCUCUCGGCGGGACCGGCGCCACAACGACGACCGGCCGCGCCACUCGUCGUCCGACCCGCGCCACUCGUCGUCCGACCCGCGCCACUCCUCGUCGGACCCUCGCCGCGACUGGCGCCGCGAGUACGGCCCGGGCGGCGGCGGCGGCGGCGGCGGCGGCGGCGGUGGGGGGCACAGCAGCCCGGCCGGCGCCCCGCAUCGGGACCACUACCCCGGCGACGGCUACAGCCACCCCCGCGACAGGUCACGGGACCGGGACCGGGACCGGGACCGCGACCGUGACCGCGAGCGGGACCACCGGCCAGACAGCUAUUCGUCGCACCACGCGGCGGGCGGCGGCUACCGGGCGCCGCCCUGGCACCACGGCCGCCCGUCGGCCGGCUACGACCGCGGCUACGGCGGCUACGGCGCGCACGGCCGCCACUACGGCGACGAACGCUGGAAGGAGCGCGACUACCGGCGCGAGCCGGACCGGCCCAAGGUCACCUGA